CUUCGAAUUAUUCUAUGUGCCGACAAAUAUUUUUAUUUCCCUAAAAACACUAAAUUUUCGUAUGUCCACAGUGUAAAUGCGUUAUUCACAAAAAGGAGGGAAAACAUCGCAACUACAAAUUGUUCGGCAGUCGCACAUAAAGGGGAUAUGUAAAAGGUGGCAACGCAAACAUAUGAAUAAUAUUCUCACGAAUUACACCAAAAAGCAAGCGAAGCGGUAAUAGAUAGAACUCUUGAAGGACGCUUGUUUUUUUUUAGGUUUCAGCAUAGUGGGAUGUUGCCCUCAACUGGGCUCUUCCGCAGCAUUGCUUGUCCGUAUUUUGACAGCAGCGGCAGUGGAACGAAAGCCAGCGGCGAUAGCAGCGAUGUGACUUCUUUCCCUUGUGAGCGUCCCUUUUGUCAUUUUAAGCAUGUCCGAAAAGAGGACUCUGAGGCGGCGCCACCCGCCGAGCCCGAUAAGGUGCCCAAUUACAAGCCAACACCAGCACCAAAACUGCUCUCACUGCCGCUGCCGGAGAUGGUGCAUAGUACAGUAAAAAAGAAAUCUCAGCUUGAGUACCACCCGGAAAAGCCAGCCCUGAACGCCUCACCCGCCAAGAAAAAACUCGAUACCAAUGCAAGCACUGCCCCCAAAUAUGUGCCCGCGCCGGCAAUCAAUACAAGUGUCAAUGGUGCCAGCGACGAUUGGCAAGUCGGUAUUGAAGAGGACGAACUGAACAAACAAAUACAAUUGGAGCUCGAUGAAGCUAUGGAACUGACUAUGCAGUUGGAGCAGUUCAAGGAAGUAAAUGACAAUGCUGAGGAAGAUAAAAAUGAGCACGAUCUACCAGAAAUGCAAUUGGACCUGGGAGGUGCAGAAUCAAAAAGUAGCAGGGAAAAGUCAGUAACUCGCAGUGAACAUAAAUCUAGUAAGGAGAGUGAAAAGCGAAGUGAGAAGGACAGAAGGAGCUCUUCCAAAAAUUCCCAUAGGGACAAAACUAAAUUAGAACACCGUAGCUCCAGUUCGAAGCACAAAUCAUCAUCAUCCAAAAAUACGCCGGCCUCAUCGUCCUCAUCACAUAGAAAAGAUUCGAGCAGAAGUAAUCACAAAGACGAGAAGAGUUCCAGUAGCAAGCACAAGAGCAGUUCAUCAUCCUCAUUGAAGAGUCGUGACCAUGCCUCUAGUUCAAUGGAACGCAGUUCUUCCAGAAGUUCAUCAAUUACAUCAUCUAAGACAAGUACAAAAGGCAAGUACAAAGCCGAAACGGUUAAGAUUGCGACGAAACCAGCACACACUACGUCAUCUAAUGACUACAAGGAAUUAGAGUGUAUCUCUGAAUCUGAAAUGGAGGCGACUGAGGAGGAAAUUGCCCGACAGUGCGAAUCAAUUUUCGACGACUUAGAAAUUAAAUUUGGGGCCAUGCACAAAAGUGAUGAAAGUGGCGAUGAAGCGACACGCAAACGCAAGGCUUCGCCAGACAUCGAAAUGUAUACUGAGGCAGUUACUGCAGCUAUUCAGAAGCGGCGUGUGGCCCACGAAAAUGCCGAUAAGUCGAAGCUGUCCACUCCAGAUCUUGCGCGCAAGCCGAAUCAUAUUCGCAAUGCUAUGCAGGCAAUUUUUGACCGACGUACGGAACUGCGGCGUCAGGAAAAGCUGCGUGCCGAGGCAGAUGCAGAACAAAUCCGUCAAGCACAGGAGCGCGUGCGUGCUGCUCAGGAGGAGUUGCGUCAGGCACAAGCCCAAGCACAAGCUCAGGAACUAGCUCAGGUGAAGAAGCCCAUGCUUACACCUUUAAUACCAAAGCUUGCGUUAACACCGCCAACCCGCAUUGGACGUGGCAUUGCGCCAGUGGCCAAUAUGAUGGCCAUUGCUCGCGCUAAGAAAAAAAUUGAGGAAUUGCAAGCUGAAAAAAUGAAGCCCGCUUUCACACCAUCACAAACUGCCAAGGGUACCUCCCGUGUGGCCCACAAACCUACCGCGGCGUUAGACAAGGUAGCCCCAGUAGCUGUGGAAAAGCCACCAGUGCUGGAGCCAAAGAGCUCCAAGAUUUCGUACAAUAUACGAAUGCAGUAUUACGAAUUGAUGGUAAAGCAAUGCACCAUUAUCUAUCCCCAAUUAGUAGAUGCCUGGGAGCGUGCUCAAAUCGAGGAGCUUGCUGUCUUUAAGAAAUGUAGUACACCGUCCAUCUAUAAGAACAGUUCCAUGUUGACUAUCAACAAGUUGCGCAAGGAGGCCAUAGAGGCGGGCAAUCGUCCGAGUGUAGCUAACAAAACUGUUUCCCACGCGAUGAUUCUGGGUGGUAAGCGAGCGCUGAAUACUUCAUGGAGUGUUGAGAAAAAGGACCGAUUAAGCUCUACUGGAAGUGGUGAGCCCUUUGAUGCGCUAAGUGGAGAAAAGGCGUACAAAAUGGUGUACGAAUUGCGACUCACUGAGCAGCAGUUAGUUGAGAAUGGCUAUCCACGACCAGGCGUAGGUCGCGGCACUGCAGUCAUAAAAGCCUGCCGCCCAAAUCGACGUCCCAACGAAACUGAACGCUAUUGCAGCCGCUGCGGUCAGAUCUUUAAUCUAAACAUUUAUGAGCGCAAGUGUGUCGAUUUAUGUAACUAUCAUCCAAAGAGUACAGGAUACCGGCGCGGCUUUACGGACAACCACCAUCGCUGCUGUCAGCAGCCUGCUGGGACUCCAGGGUGCUCAUAUGCCAAUUAUCAUGUUACAGACUAUUUUGAUCCUGACAAGUUGACGUGCUUUGUGAAAACGAUGAACAAAUGUGAAGAGUAUGUGCCCAGUAAGAAAGAUAUAUUUGCGUUGGACUGUGAAAUGUGCUACACAACCCACGGCAUUGAACUGACCAGAGUCACUGUCGUGGAUAUAACCGGUCGUACUGUGUACGAUGCGUUGGUGAAGCCAGAUAACCUUAUUGUGGACUAUAAUACGGUUUAUUCGGGUAUCACAGAAGCUAUGCUCUCGAAUGAGACGCGCAAUUUACGCGAUGUUCAAGCCGUGCUUAUGUCUAUGUUUCACACGAAGACCGUGCUAGUCGGUCAUAGUCUGGAGAGCGACUUAAAGGCCUUGAAGCUUAUUCAUGAUGUUGUGGUAGAUACAUCGGUACUGUUUCCGCACAAGAUGGGACCGCCAAAAAAGCGAGCCCUUAAGACGUUGUGCAUAGAGAAUCUUAAACGCAUCAUACAGGAGAAUGAGGCCGGUCACGACAGCGCUGAGGAUGCCGAGGUCUGCAUACAGCUUAUUAAGUAUUACUUACGUCAAAAAAUAAGUUGAGCGAUCGCCAAAACCAAACAAAAACUUCCUUUCUGUGCAUACUUGUACGCACACACACAUACCAUUCUUUAUUACACACAUACA